UUUGUCCGGGUGUGCUUGAGCGGAGGAGCGUCCGUGUCGCCAUGUCUGGUCGUGGCAAGCAGGGGGGCAAGGCGAGAGCGAAGGCGAAGUCUCGCUCUUCUCGAGCUGGCCUGCAGUUCCCUGUCGGCCGCGUUCAUCGCUUGCUGCGGAAGGGCAACUAUGCCGAGCGGGUGGGCGCUGGAGCCCCCGUUUACCUGGCGGCGGUGUUGGAAUACCUUACAGCUGAAAUCUUGGAGUUAGCUGGGAAUGCGGCUCGGGAUAAUAAGAAAACGAGAAUCAUCCCUCGCCAUUUACAGCUGGCCGUCCGUAACGAUGAGGAGCUGAACAAGCUGCUAGGAGGAGUUACGAUUGCCCAGGGUGGAGUCUUGCCUAACAUCCAGGCUGUGCUCCUGCCUAAGAAGACGGAGAGCCACAAGCCCAAAGGCAAAUAAAUGGUUUGCUGCUUUAAUAAUAAAAAAGAUAUCCGCGUAACACAAAAGGCUCUUUUAAGAGCCACCCACCUUUUCAAUAAAAA